AUGCCGCUCUUAGGGCUUUGCAAGCUGCUGGUCGUGCUGGCCCUGGGGGGUAUGCAGUUGCCACUGGCCCCCACCCGGGCUGCUGGAGAGGAGUGUGAGCCCCUCGUGGCAAAGGAGGGAGACCUGUACGCGCUGGGGCUGUUCAGAAUCUGCGACACCGAGUUGGACAAUUUUGAUCUCCAGCUGUACGUCCUUGCCCAGGCAUUCAGGUUUGUCGUGCAGCAUGCCAGCCCAGAUGGCGCUGGCUCCUUGGGGUAUAAACUGGUUACGUACUGCGAGCAGCCCCCAGGCUGCCCUGAGAAGAUCCUCGACGAAAUGGACAGGGCUCACAGGGAAGGAGCACAAACCAUUGUGACUAUCUUCUACGCAGGCACGGAGCCAACACGCUCGCUCUUUGUUAACGUGCUGCAGGUGGAAAUUAACCUUUCCCAGAUUCGAAUCCACCACUCCAUGCUAAAGAUGAAUUUCAGAGGCGCCUUGCCAAGCAUCCUGGGACUGCUGAAAGCUUUCCAGUGGAACCUGGUUGGCUUCAUUCAUCGGUAUGAGUUAGAGUUCAGGGAUGUCAUUGCUGGCCUUGAACAAAGCGACCGAGGGGAGAUAUGCAUCGAAUUUACAGAGCAGAGCAUCUUUGAUGAUGUGUCUUCUGGCUCUGUUUGGUUUGCGCACCUGGUGUCCAAGCUGCUCUCGUUUCUGUCUCUCUUUCAGUUGGAGCAGUUUCUCAUCGAUCACUAUUCCCCCCUCCUGCCCAUCAAUCCAAACCCCUUUGAGGUCUUCUACUGGAACGUCACUGAUGACGGAGAAGUGAAGCUCCCCCAGCUGGACGUAGACGUGCAGAGAGCGGCCUCCGACAGCUACGACCCUGUGGCGAGGACUGUGGGCCUGAGGGGCGGAGGAGCCAUCAGGAUCCUGCCCUCUCAUUGUUCCCGAGGCUGUGGCCAAGGGGAAGUGCAAAAGCUACACCCGGAUUUGCCUCAACACUGCUGUUAUGCAUGUGAGGUUUGCAGCCCUGGAACAUACAGCAACGGAUCAGGUGACAAGAGGCGAAGGGCUUUGGAAGGAAGCUCGGCAGACGUCUGCUGGAGCUCAGAAAAAAUGUCUCGCUUUUUAGCGGGCUACUGUUUGCUCUCUGCCUGGCUGCUUUACCCUCUUUGCUGCUCUGCCCAAACGGAGAGCAGCACCACCCCACCAGGGAACUGUGGCCCCAGCCAGUUCCUUGACACAGAGGCAUUUCAGUGCAGCCCGUGUGGGGAGCACCUGGUGAAAAGCCCCGCAGGCCUGUGAUGCGUCCGUGCUGACGGCCGGACCGUGAGGGGCCAGGCGUCGGCGUGCGGUGCUUGUAGUUCCCGGCAGCCCACCUCACUCUGGGAGGCCACCUUCCUUGAUGGCAGUUUUCUGGCUUGUAAUAACUCUUGCAACCUGACUGUCUGCGAGCUCCUAACCAACAUGGCUGUUCUGAACACCUUCUCCUUGGAAACCCGGGCCUACGACCUGUAUGCAAAGGCUGAAAGCCAGAACCUUCCGAAGCUAUUUUAUAGCAAGACAGGGCUGCCUCCACUUUCCUUUGGAAAGAACUUCAAGAUCAAUUUUAAGCUUGUAAAGUACGAUGCCCAAGGAAACUUCUUAGGCUGGGAGGACGUGACAGGUGGCACUUUGCAGCUCUGUGCAGACCGUCAGAGUGCACUCGAUGCUGCCUACUCCUUUGGGACAUCCUACGAACAGUCUUGCACUGAACAGGUGUCCAACCUGCCGAGACGAGUCCCUGAGCCCGUCUUUUACGAGAUGUUCCUGCAAUUCUUCAGUGACAAGGGGAACUGGCUGUGGCCGGUCCCUGUAGCGAAUCCCCAGCUGCAGCUGAAUAGCCCUGCUUCCCUGAGGUCUCAGAGGCUAAGAAGAUUCUUUCUAGUUGAUGGGCUCUCGGGCAGGCAAGGGAACCUAUCCAUUCAACCAGCAUCUGUCACGUUGGCAGCAGAGCUGCUCCUAAGUGUUGACUUGCCAACCAGUAGCCCAGGAGACCAGUCUGCUUUCCUGUUGACAGUGAAGUAUGCGAAGCAAGAUAGCACUGCAACAGCGCAGGUAUUGUUUGCAGUGUCAUAUACAUACAGUCCUGGAAUGUCUCAGCGAGACACAGAUAUAGCACUUGCCAUCCUGGGCUCUCUGGCAGCCUUGUACGCCUUGCUGAAGACCAGCAGUUGGGUGCGGAGGUCUCGACUUCAGAAUAUAAGCUUUACAAUUUUAGUCAAGUCCUUUGCCUUCUUUGCUGGGGCCCUGGCCAAUACCUUCUACGUGGUCGCCCUGGGGAUGGGAAUUUAUUGGCUCAUUGUUUUCAAGGGUCAGCAGUCUUCAGCGGUUGAGGUUAUGGUGCCCCCGGCAGGCAGUCAAAUAGAAACCAACUUUAUUAUCUACUUGUCCUGCGCUUUUGUGUUAAAGGGCUUGCUUCUCCUUCAUGAGCAGUUUGGGGCAGGCUGUGGAUUGCUUCAUCUCCUGAUCACCCAGCUAACAGUCUCCAUCUUCCUGAUAGACUGGGAAAAGCCAAAGGAGAAACCAGCAUUUAAAGCACCAGCAGGAGGGCAGAGGGCCACUUCCUCUGUGAGUAUUUGGAGAACUUUCCUGAUAGCCAAUGAGUGGAAUGAGAUCCAGACUCAUAGGAAAUUGAAUCCAUCGCUUCAGCUGUUCGGAGUGUUACUGCUCCUGGAGGUUGUGGGCUUGAAAAACAUCGCAUCACGAGACCUGAACCUGGAUCUGCACCCCGGCACUGACACUUACCUGGCUGCCUGGAGCCCAGUCCUUAGAUUUGGGAUUGCUGCUUCUCUCUGGCUGGCACUGGGAAUUGCACAGGUGGUGUUUUUCAUAGGCAUCUACGAGCGGUUUGUGGAAGACAAGAUUCAUCAGUUCGUAGAUCUCUGUUCCAUGAGCAACGUGUCUGUCUUCAUCCUGAUGCACGGAUGCUACGGCUUCUACAUCCAUGGGCGGAGCGUGCAUGGCCAUGCAGAUGUGGGCAUGGAUGCCAUGCAUGCCUGCCUCAGGAAAGAGGAGGAGAACCUGUGUCCUCUAAGAGGUCUGGAGGCCAACUCUGACAUUCAGACCUUCGAGGUGCUUCUCACUGACAGAGCCAGGCAGUUGUAUGACAAGAUAACGCAGCCCUUGACAGAGGUGAGAGUCAGGGUCGACCUACAUGAGCAAAGACUAAGGAGUUAUUACGCCUUGAAUCGAUUUCUCAGCUCAUUCCUUGAACACGUGAGCCCAUUAUUUGCCUUUUCCAAAGGUCUGGGCUGCGGUGUAACAGCAUCCUUCAGAGUGCUUGGUCUGCCUGUGGGGGUUUUAUGGUGCUGCCAGGGCAGGUUCUGGCUAGCCCGAGUCUGCAGCUGUCCACACGCUCUGUUCUGCUUUCAGUUGGUGAAGAUGCUGCGGCAUGCGCUUGGAAGGAGAAAUCUGGCAGCAAAAACGCUGGUGGAGAAGCAGUUUCUGAUCUAGAGGUGAAUAGGAAGCCGUGGCCACUUACUCCCCUCUUCCCAGUGCCAGCAUCAAAGCAAGAAGGCCGGGACCCUACAACUAAUUUUAGAAGCGAGGACUUUGCAGCCUUGAUCCUUCUAGGUCCUUGGCCUGUGAAGGGAGAAUGGAACGAUCACUGCAGUUUACCACUCUAGUUACUAUGGGUAAAGCUCUGUGCUUCCUACCAGCCCAGGAAACAUGCAGCCCUACUGUUAUUAUUUCUCACUUUAAGUUGUUUCCCAGGCGUAUUUUGAUUUCACAGCCGAAAGAUUCCUUUCUGCUGAUCAAACCCUGCUCUGUUAUUUAGCCAUCAGAAUAAGACACCCACGCCCACGGGAUUUUUGGUGCUUGUAUAUUUUUAAUUGGGAGACAAAAGGCCACCCUCUGACGCUGACCCUGGUUUUAUGGAGCAGCUUUGUUUGUUUCUUAAUAGGAAGCAGAAAACAUCUGAAAGGAGCAGGGGAAUGGCAAUCCAUGUGCUGUCUACACAAUGCAUCUGAGCUGCACAGCUCUCUGGUGGGUUCUGCUUAGCUCAGGCAAUGGAUGCAAUCUGCAGGGUAACCCAAAUGUAAUUUACAAGAAGGGCUCAGUGGGGUCUGAUAUACCGCAGGACAGACCACCUCACACAUCCUCUCUCCCUACCUAAUUCAAACACCAGCUCAGUCCUUUCCUUCACUAGGCACGAGUCUUAUGCAGAAUAUAGUUUAUUGACCUCCAAUGGAGGUAAAUCACAGGCAGAUGUGUGUCCGGCAGAUGUGUGUCCAGCAUCAUUCUGGGCUUUUCUAUUCCUUUCAUUUGUAUUCUACAUAGCGCUGUUUCUUUAAACGAAGAGGGGCAGCUGCAUUAGACAGAGCAGCUAUGUUACACAGCCUGUAUUCCUCCAGGGCAGGAUUGAGGCUAAAGCCGGGGCUUUGAUUUCACUUCACACAGCCGUCGUCUCUGGGAUCCACCUGGAGCGCAUGCUCUGAUUCCAGGGUUGGACCGAGCCUCAGGAUUCACAGCCAAAAUGCAGGAAUUCCAGCUGGUUUUGCGCUAACAGCAUGGAUUCCAGUGGCAACCCAUCAACAGGCCCAAGUUUGGAGGGACACAGUCUGGCACACUUAAAAUUAAGCACAGGCUUAAGUGUUUUUCUGAAUAGGGACACUUUCCUACACUGGAGCCAAACUUCUGAAGGAAACAGCCCAUCCCAGAGCAACAUGGGCUGUGAUGCAAGUGUUGUCUGUUUCUAGGACAAAGAGAACUGGACGAGCGACCAAGUGCUGAAAUUGGCAGAGACUCCCAUGGCUAUAGCAAACAGCCUCCUGCAAAGGAUCCGUGCUUGUUUCACUUUGUUUUGGUUUGAAUACAUGAAGAUUUAGUGUGUUUGCUGCUAGGAACAUUUAUUUUUUAAAACAACCAUGUGUUGGGUUUAAGCCUGUUUUAAU